UGGGAGACAUUUCAAGGUUUUCGAUCGAUCGGCGCUAGCCUCUUCAUGUCCACCGUCGCUGCCGCCUUCAUCAACAUCGGACUCAGCCAGAAAACUCGCCCUGUAACUCUCUCUGUCUCUCUAUCUCCCUCUCUCUCUCUCUCUCUCAGCGUGCAAUGGCUCUGGAGUGGGUGAUGCUCGGGUACGUGGCGGCAAUGGAGGCGAUGAUGGUCCUCCUCCUCACCGUCCCCGGCCUCGUCGGCCUCCGCAGGGGCCUGACCUCCGUCACGCGCGGCCUCCUCAAGCCCUUCCUCUCCGUCGUGCCGUUCUGCCUCUUCCUGCUCCUGGGCAUCUACUGGAAGUACGAGACCCGCCCCAGCUGCGACUCGGAGUCGGCGUGCUCCCCGACGGAGCGCCUCCGCCACCAGAAGUCCGUCAUGAAGAGCCAGCGCAACGCCCUCCUGAUCGGCGCCGCCCUGGUCUUCUACUGGCUGCUGUACUCCGUCACGCACAUGGUGGUCAAGAUCGAGCAGCUCAACCAGCGCCUCGCUCGGCUCAAGAACCGCGACUGAAAGAGAUGGUCGCGGUGGGAUCGGGAAAUGCGCGGCGAGGGAGACGGACAAGUGGCGAUUUCGUGGAUAGAGGCUUCCAAUUUAUACUCUGUAGGCACAACAUU